GUCGCGCGGGGCUGUGCGGCGCCGUGCCCGGACGGAGGAGGUCACCGAGCGGCGGCGGCGGCGGGGCCGCGGCUCCGGCUCCGGCUCCGGCUCCAGCAUGUGGCGGGUGUUGGCGCGACGCGUAGCCCGGGGCGCGGCGGGAGCUCCUGGUCUGGUGCGGAGCUGCCGAACGUUCAGCGCCGCUGGGGCCAGCCGCGGCGCGGCGGUGGGAGCCGGGGCUGUGCCGCUGGGCCGCGGGCCAGCGUGGGGCGGCCCCGUGCACCGGCCUGGCGGGCUCCUGCUGCCUCCUGCCUGGCCCCGGCUCGUCCCGUGCCGCUGCUGCAGUCUUCCGGCACACCAGAAGGUGGCCUUGCCAGCUCUGUCCCCCACGAUGCAGAUGGGCACCAUUGCACGCUGGGAAAAGAAGGAGGGUGACAAGAUCGGUGAAGGGGAGCUCAUAGCAGAGGUGGAGACAGACAAAGCAACAGUUGGCUUUGAGAGCCUGGAGGAAUGCUACUUGGCCAAGAUCCUGGUGCCAGAAGGAACAAGAGAUGUUCCUAUCGGGGCCAUAAUAUGUAUCACAGUAGAAAAGCCUGAAUAUGUUGAUGCCUUUAAAAAUUAUACUCUGGAUUCUGCAGCGUCUGCCCCCCCUGCAGCCUCGGUGCCUCCCCCUCAAGCUGCAGCUCCCUCACCACCAACUCAGCCUUCUCCUCAGGCUCCUGGAAGCUCUUAUCCUCCUCAUAUGCAGGUCACUCUCCCUGCCCUGUCACCUACCAUGACAAUGGGCACAGUGCAGAGAUGGGAGAAGAAGGUCGGGGAGAAACUGAAUGAGGGAGACUUACUGGCAGAAAUUGAGACAGAUAAAGCCACAAUAGGCUUUGAAGUGCAGGAGGAAGGCUACUUGGCAAAAAUCUUGGUGCCUGAAGGAACAAGAGAUGUGCCAUUAGGAACAGCUCUCUGCAUCAUUGUGGAGAAAGAGUCCGAUAUUCCAGCCUUUGCUGACUACCAAGACACUGCAGUAACUGACAUGAAGGCACAAGCUCCUCCUCCUCCUCCUCCACUAGUGGUGGCAACUCCUGCUGCUACUCCUCCUCCCCAGCCUGCUGUUCCUUCCACUCCAGCAGUCCCCACAGCUGGGCCACCUCCCCGGAAAGGAAGGAUCCUGGUUAGUCCCCUGGCAAAGAAAAUGGCAGCAGAAAAAGGAAUUGACCUUGCCCAAGUGAAAGGUACUGGACCAGAUGGUAGAAUCACAAAGAAAGACGUGGAGUCAUUUGUGCCACCAAAGGUUGCUCCAGCUCCAGCACUAGAGGCAGUUCCUGCCGCUGCUGCGGUUGCAGCAGCACCAGUGGGGACCUUCACAGAUAUCCCUAUCAGCAACAUUCGCAGGGUCAUUGCUCAGCGGUUGAUGCAGUCUAAACAAACAAUACCUCACUACUACCUUUCUGUUGAUAUAAACAUGGGAGAAGUACUGGUGCUAAGGAAAGAACUCAAUCAGGAGGUCUCGGAUAACAUUAAGCUUUCUGUCAAUGACUUCAUAAUUAAAGCUUCUGCUCUGGCAUGCUUGAAGGUGCCUGAGGCAAAUUCUUCAUGGAUGGACACAGUUAUUAGGCAAAAUCACGUAGUGGAUGUUAGCGUUGCAGUUAGUACUCCUGCGGGGCUUAUAACCCCUAUUGUGUUUAAUGCACAUAUAAAGGGCCUGGCUUCCAUUAGUAAGGAUGUGGUUUCUUUGGCAACUAAAGCCCGAGAAGGUAAACUUCAGCCUCAUGAAUUCCAGGGUGGUACUUUCACAAUUUCCAAUUUAGGAAUGUAUGGGAUUAAGAAUUUCUCUGCCAUAAUCAAUCCACCUCAGGCCUGCAUCCUUGCAGUUGGUGCCUCAGAGAAAAGGCUAGUGCCAGCUGAUAAUGAGAAAGGAUUUGAUGUGGCCAGUGUGAUGUCCGUUACACUUAGCUGUGACCAUCGUGUUGUAGACGGAGCAGUUGGAGCACAGUGGCUUGCUGAAUUCAAGAAUUUCCUUGAAAAGCCAGUAACCAUGCUGCUAUAAUUUAACCAUGCAAGCAAAAUUUUCCUGGGUCACACUGUUUUGUUUUAAACAACCUAUUUAGACUUUAGUGUUCAGACUUAUUAAAAGAGUUCCUUUUUUAUUUUAAAUAUGUAUUAUAUUAUCUGGUAAUGUUAUUACCAGUCUGUACAGAAAAAGUUUGCAAAAGUGCUUUUCAGAGCAAUAUUACAGCUAUACUGUAUUUUUAUACAGUUAGUUAACUUGCAAACUCUUCCAAAACAGAGUUAAGCAUCCCAGAUUUAAAAAUUAUCUAGGCAGUAUGCAUACUGCCAAUUUCAUGACCUCCGUGUUCUCAGAAAUUUGAAUUAUAAACAUCUCUUCACAGGAGUUCAGCUGAAACGUACAAGUUAGUAGAAGGUAAAUUCCCUUAUUAUCCUGUUCUCCUGCUGGGGUGGGUGAGUAUGACAUGCACUAAGGGACUGAAGCGCCUGGGAGUAGUUUCUCAAAGGCCAAGUGCUAGCAUUCCAAAUCUCUCUUGGAAUUUGGCACUGGUCUGGACCUUCUCAGCUGUGUGAUCCCUUUUGAGCACUUUAAAGUAAGGUGAAAGAGCACUGAUAUCUGUGGAGUCACAGCUCUCAGAUACCACAGGGAAUGUGCUGUCUCCUCGUGGACUUUCACUUACAUGUGCUUUUUGUAUGAAAAUGUUUGCUAUUCCUCUUGCUAAGUUAAUAUCAGACUACGAUGCCAUGGAAGUAACUGUUUUGCAGAAUGUUCGAGAGAAGCUGUGUGUUGGAACCCAAUAUAGGCAAAUCACACUCACUAAUAAUCCCAUCAGUGGAUAUUAAUCAUGUGAUGACUCGAAUGUUUGAAAAUUUUUUUUUCAGGUGUUCUUACAUAGGAGGGUCUGAGUUAGUCACUGGUACUGUGGUUUUUCCCUGAAUUGUCUACAUUGUCCCAGCCUCAGUAAGCUGCAGAAUGUGCUAUCCAUGUAUAUAUUGUAUGUAAAAUGCUUCAAUAGUUUGUUGGACUUGUGUCCAGUUACCCCAGUCAUUGUAUCCUGAAAGGGGUGCAGUGCUGACCAUUCUUGAAUUCCACUUUCCACAUGGAAACGUUAAUGUAAAAAGGACGACUGUUUAGUAAUUACAAAGUGACCAGGAGAAUUAAACAGGGGGGAGAAGUUUUAAAAAAAGAAAGAAAAAGCUGAUCUGUUAUUCUGUAUAUUGCAUUAAGUACUGUCUCCUGUAAAGUUAUACAAAAUUCACUAAAGAUAUUGAAAGAAAAUACUGUGGAAAUUAAAUAUUUUUGUGGGAACUAUUUAAUGUCUGGUUGCUGUGAUACCUGGUUUUCAUGCCUGGCUUAAGCAAAAAGUGCAUUAAGGUUUUGGUUUCUCUCUAAUGAUCUAAAAUAUCUUGGUUCCAGACUUGCUCUAGUGAACCUACGUUCUAUUAAACAUUUGGAAUUGACAACUACUAAAA